UUUCCAUAUUCCUUCUUCCAUCGCUCCUAAAGCGCGCUCUAGGGGCGAUAGGGUUUCUCUCUAGGGCCCCGGGGCUAGGCACUGUUUGAUCGUCAUUCUCGUCCCAGAAUGCAGAAGAGCACGGACGGUCGCCUGGGGGCUGCGCGACGGCGCUGGAGAUCCUUCUUCGUCGGGAGGAGUGAUCCUGAGAUAGAUUUCAUGGAGGUGGAGGUAGAGGCGGGGGGCAAAUUGCCCUGGAUUGGCAAAAAUGAGAAUGCCAAGGAAGAUAGCACAGGGAGCCCCAGCAAACACACUCACGGGCGGUCCCGGAGAUCGUUUGUGCAGGGAAUUAGUCAAAGGAGGAUCCGUGCAAAAUGGCUUCCUUCCAAUGAUCAGGAGAGCCGGGGUUUUGGAGAGAUUUCUUAUGAACAAUCUCGAGCGGCUGCAGAGAAACUCCGAGAGGAGAACUUGAAGAAGCAAUUGCUUAACGCUGUUGAGAAGGGGGAUUGUCCACUCGUCAAAUCUUUAUCCUUGAAUGGUGCUUCAUUGGAGUGGACAAAUGCUGAAGGAAUGACUCCACUCAUGGUUUCGUGCACCCGAGAAGAUCUCUUCAGCAUGGCACUGACGCUAAUAAAAUUGGGAUGCCUUCCAACAAGUUCCGCGGGAAGAUACGCUUUGCACCAUGCUGCAAGUUCUGGGCUUAUCAACACAGUGGCCUUGCUACUUUCUUGCGGAGCCGAUUCUCUGGUGGCGAACGAUGAAGGUCAAACCCCUCUCGACAUAGCUAGAGAAAAGAAACAUAUAGCAGUGGUACGAAUAAUAGAGGAUUGGGUUUGCUACUUCGGAGGAUAUUUGCGUGAGCUUUACAACUCCAAAAGCAGCAAGAAGCUUGUCUCCAAAAAAGUCUGGGCCGUCGUAUUGCCGACAUGCUCGACAGAAAAUGGAGCUCCAGCAAGGAACGAGCUUGCGUUGUAUGCUUCAAGAAAGGGAAAUUCGCCAACAAGAGUGGUCUGGCUAGGAAGCUUUACCAGUGAAAUACGAGAACCAAACAUGGAUGCGGCUGAUCCUCAUCUGGUUAUUUUGGACAAAGUUACCAAGCAAGAGCUUCGAUUUCGAGCGGAGAUGAGAGGAGAUAAAGAUCAAGUUAAGAGAUUGCAUGUAGCUUGCACACAGGGUGGUGAAGCGCAAAUGUCUGUGUAUCACAACAUAGCUGGAGUUCGUUCAGCUGAUGAUAUCUCUCUUGAGAUUGCCAUGGAAACAUCCAUCCAAACAGCAUUGCAAGAGGGAAUGCCACUCUCGAAAAUGGUUUCCUUGGAUCUCAAAAAGAAGAAAAUGGUUUUGUAAAAAACUCUUGAUCAAAUUAAUAAUGAACAAAUUAUACCAAACAAAAUUUAUAAAUACAAAGAAUAUCUCUAUUA